GUUCAGACAACAGGCAGGGAGGCGACGCUAGCUAGCGGAAGGCUAAGCUGAACGUCACAAAACUUACCAUUUUAUCCGGAUUCAAAACAAGCGACGGCGAUACCUUAUGAUUAAAUUUAUAUUUUCGAAUUGAACAAGAUGUCUACCCCAGCACGACGGCGUUUAAUGAGGGAUUUUAAACGACUGCAGGAGGAUCCUCCAGCAGGAGUUAGCGGAGCUCCAUCAGAAAAUAACAUCAUGGUCUGGAACGCUGUCAUUUUUGGUCCAGAGGGGACACCUUUUGAAGAUGGAACUUUCAAACUCACAAUAGAAUUCACAGAAGAGUAUCCGAACAAACCGCCUACAGUCCGAUUUGUAUCCAAAAUGUUUCACCCCAAUGUUUAUGCAGAUGGUAGUAUAUGUUUGGACAUUCUUCAGAACCGCUGGAGUCCAACAUAUGACGUUUCUUCGAUUUUAACAUCUAUACAGUCUCUAUUGGAUGAGCCGAACCCAAACAGUCCUGCCAACAGCCAGGCAGCUCAGCUUUACCAGGAGAACAAGCGAGAGUAUGAGAAGCGUGUGUCUGCCAUAGUUGAACAGAGCUGGCGAGAUUGUUGACCUCACGUAUGGACAAUGCUCUGCCUCAGCUACUGAGAGGAUAACCAUCACGUAAAGAAUAAAAUAUAUCCACGUUGUGUUUGAAUACUCUUCUUACUCUGUAGAGUUGUCUGUUCUGUAGCUGUCACAAGCUUAGAGUGCUGUCAUGGCCUCCAUCUUCAUGCUGAAUCCUCUGUGUGGACAUUUAACUGAAUGUACCUUGCCAUCUCGAGGUUACAGUCCUUUUUUUGAUUUGUGUGAAUGCUUCGCUACCUGUGCAGGAGCUUGUCAUGAACAGACGUCUAAAUUUGGUUUGAUCCUGUUCUGUGAGCUGAUUGCAUUAGAUUACUAACUGGAUGUAAAUGGAUGCUCAGGUUGCAGGUUCCACUGAAUCACGCUUUAUUGAAGAUCCCUGCUUGCAUCUGAUGUUCUUUAACUAUUUGUUACAAAAUACGUGUUCUUUUUAUUGCCCCAGUCCAGUUUUAAUGUCAAGGUGAUCUUGGAGGAAGGUGGUCAAUAUACAGAACUUCCUAUCUAUCAAAAUUUCUUUAUUUUAAGAGGUUAUCAUACUUGAAUAAGCUGAAUACAAUUUAUAUAUGUGGAUGAUGUGCUAAAGUUUUUUAAUUUUUUUUUAAUGGAACUUCCUUUUGCCCUUUUUUUUUUUUUUUUUUUUAAAUAAAUGGCUGACAGUAAAGAGUCUGUCUUAAUUUUGGAAACCUUUAUCCGAAACCUAGCCUUCAUAUCUGAAAUACGAAACAGUAGCAAUGAUUUUGACUUGUUAUAUCCCAUCUGCAUGAGUAUUUGGACAUUUUGCUUUUCUGGCACCUAGUGGAUCACUUACUUCACUGCCUGGGCAUGAUGUUUGCUUUUAGGCAACAUUAAUUUGAAUUCUUUAAGGUCAUAAUUUUUCAAAUGCACAUCCAGAUUUUGUGUUGGAUUUGUACUUGGAUUUAAAACUGUACAUUUUCUCACUUCUUGUAAAUAAACAGUAAAUUAA